AUGUCCAUUCUUAGGAGCAAAAUCCUACCGACAACUCGUAUUCAUCAAGCUUACUACGAGCCAUUUAAUCCAACAGUCAAAUGCAACAUUCAAACUGUUAUGGUUGCUCAGAUCGCCGAUGGAUAUUUUGAUGCAAAUGCUGGAACAUAUGGAGUGUCGAUCGAAGUUCUUCGACGUUUAGCAAAAAGUCAUAUGAUGCACUUAUAUGAGAAUUAUAAUCCAAAUAGUGGUUUCAAAAUUGGAAGUCCACAUUCAAAUGGACUUAGUACAGCAUGUUGUCUGAUGAAUCAAAUGCAAAUCUAUGUAGAUUGUUAUGCAUUGAAUUACUGGUUACAACAGGGUGGUAACAUGACAACUUUUCAAAGUUCUCGAUUAGCAGUUUACCAAAUGUUUAGUAAUCUAAUUGAUAAAAUUGAUACUUGGGUUGAUGAACUGAAACGUUCCGACUAG